AAAAACAAAAAGAGACAGAAACAAAUUCCAGAUAAUAAACAGAUCUAUAUUCUAUCUUCCAUUGAAGUUCGAUAUAUUCUUCCUCAAUUUCCACACUUUUUAUCACCAUUAUUAUUAUCAAAAUCAUCAUUCUUAAUCAUAUUCUAUAAUUCAAUCAGAAAGAAAAGCCGAAUUCAGGAAAUUUAGUAGAAAAUGGUGAAGGAAACCGAGUACUAUGAUUUACUUGGAGUUGGUGUUGAUGCUACGCCAACGGAUAUCAAGAAGGCUUACUACGUUAAGGCAAGGAUCGUUCACCCUGAUAAAAAUCCUGGAGAUCCACAAGCUGCCCACAGGUUUCAGGAACUUGGUGAGGCUUAUCAAGUAUUAAGUGAUACUGAAAAACGCGAGGCAUAUGACAAAUAUGGAAAGACAGGUGUACCUCAGGAUGCCAUGGUAGAUCCAGCAGCAGUAUUUGGGAUGCUGUUUGGAAGUGACUUUUUUGAAGAUUAUAUUGGUCAACUUGCGUUGGCAUCUGUAGCAGGUCUUGAGUUUGAAGAGGAUUCCCAGCUUCCUGAGGAACUCAGGAGGCAGAAAAUUCAGGAAAAGAUGAAGACCAUGCAACAGGAAAGGCAGGAUAGACUCAUAGGGAAUUUAAAAGAUCGUCUUCAACCAUAUGUUGAAGGUCGUAUUGAUGAGUUUGUGGAUUGGGCAAAAACAGAAGCAUCUAAUCUCUCAAAAGCUGUUUUUGGUGAGGCCAUGCUGCACACAAUUGGUUAUAUUUAUACAAGACAAUCUGCCAAAGAAAUUGGAAAGGACAAAAAGUUCUUAAACGUACCCUUUCUAGCAGAAUGGGUGCGUGACAAAGGACACCAGAUAAAGUCACAGGUGAUGGCAGCUUCAGGAGCUGUUUCAUUGAUUCAAAUACAAGAGGAUAUAAAGCGGUUGAGUCAAGGAGAGAACAAAGAAGAGAAUUUGAUGAAAGCCAUGGAAGAGAAGAAAGAUGCCAUGUUAAAUUCCCUUUGGCAGCUCAACGUCAUUGAUAUAGAGACAACCUUGUCACGUGUCUGCCAAGCAGUUCUUAGGGAUAGUACUGUUUCAAAGGAUGUUCUCAAGUCACGUGCAAAAGCAUUGAAGAAACUCGGAACAAUAUUUCAAUUUUCUUGAACUCGGGUUACAUCUGAAGACUAUUACCUGGAAACCAGUUGCAUAUAUUUUGUGGUUUUUCACUGAAAGACUUCAUGCACCAAAGAUUUUCUUUUAAGAACUUACUGCUCGUUUGGUGGAUGGCAACGGAUGGCGUAAUGGUAACUGACUUUAGUGUAAUCUUGUAAUGGAAGUCUCAUGUCAUUGUCCAUGGUAAUUUUUGUCCAUCCCUAAAACAUCUCCAUUCUUCAUGCAAUUCCAUAACUAUCUCUUACCACUUCGGAAUGUGGUUUGGAGCUUUAAUUAUUGUUUUUUUUAUGAAGAAAGAUGCAUGUUUGAAGAUGAAGUUACAUUACCAUGGAUAUCGACGUAGAAUUCCUUGCAAUAUUACACUAAAGUUCGUCAUCAUUACCGCUUAUCAAACAGGCUGUUAGUGGUUGCUUUUGGAUCUAUUUGCAUAUGGCUUUUCUUGCCAUUCCCAGAGUCAUUCAACAAAUAAAGUAGCCAAUAACAAGGUCAACGUUGGAGUUGGUAAGAACUGAUGUUUGAAGGUUAAUCGAAGGCUAUUGUCAACGACUUUUACAUGAUGAUUCUUUUAUUGGAGCAAAUAGAUUGUCAUUAUGAUCUUCCACUUCUUUUCACUAAACUCCUCCUCCCAGAAACCCUGUAUACACAAUUAACACAAACUAGCCAUCUAUGGAUUAUGCAUGAAAUAAAGUAUGUUUUUUCCUGUAGAUAAAAUUUGAUCUCAAACUUUGAAUAUUAGUCUUCCAAAACUAAAGCAUCAAAAUUUCAGUUAGUCGACAUCUGUAUUGUAAAACGAGAGGCCUUUUUAUUAUUCAAUUUACAAUGUACAAAUAUGAUAUGUUUUGACAACUACAUUAUUGAAUUUGUCUAUAUAUUUAAUAUAGUUUAUUUUUUUA